AAGAAACAAAUUCCCUUUUGUUUGUUUGACAGUUAUCACUUACCUCCUCUUGUCUUUGCUUAUUCUUCUUCUUUGAAUUUCUGUCCGUGGGUGUCGUUGAAUUCAGAGAGAGAUUUUCCAUUGAAUCUCUAUUUCUGCCUUCAAUUGCUUUAACAAGAAUGGAAAUAAAUUUGGGAAAACUCGCAUUUGACAUUGAUUUUCAUCCAUCAGACAAUCUUGUCGCUGCAGGACUCAUUACCGGUGACCUUCACCUAUACCGUUAUAGCUCUGAUGGCGUCCCGGUGAGGCUGUUGGAAGUUCAUGCUCACACUGAGUCUUGCAGGGCUGCUAGAUUCAUCAACGGUGGACGAGCACUUUUGACAGGUUCUCCGGAUUGCUCGAUUCUGGCUACGGAUGUGGAAACUGGAUCUACCAUUGCUCGUCUUGAUAAUGCCCAUGAGGCUGCGGUCAAUAGAUUGGUAAACUUGACCGAGUCAACCAUUGCCUCCGGGGAUGAUGAAGGUUGUAUUAAGGUAUGGGAUACCAGAGAACGCACUUGUUGCAAUUCAUUUGAUGUCCAUGAAGAUUACAUUUCAGACAUGACUUUUGUAUCUGAUGCAAUGAAACUGUUGGCAACAAGUGGAGAUGGGACUCUGUCUGUUUGCAAUCUUCGAAGAAAUAAAGUCCAAGCUCAAUCUGAAUUUUCUGAAGAUGAACUAUUGUCUGUUGUUUUAAUGAAGAAUGGUAGGAAAGUUGUAUGCGGAUCACAAACUGGAAUCCUUCUAUUGUAUUCAUGGGGAUGCUUCAAGGAUUGCAGCGAUCGAUUUAUUGAUCUCUCUCCAAACUCUAUUGAUGCUAUGUUGAAGCUUGAUGAAGAUAGGAUUAUUACUGGAUCAGAGAAUGGGAUUAUCAACUUGGUUGGGAUAUUACCAAACAGAGUCAUCCAGCCAAUUGCAGAGCAUUCAGAAUAUCCUGUUGAGCGACUUGCGUUCUCUCAUGAUAGGAAGCUCCUUGGCAGUAUUGCACAUGAUCAAAUGUUGAAGCUAUGGGACUUGGAUAAUAUACUACAAGGUUCAAGAAGCACACAAAGAAAUGAAGCUGGAGUGGUUGACAGUGACAGUGAUGAGAUGGAUCUAGAUGAUGAUCCUUCUAAGUUUGGUAAAGGGAACAAGACAAAGAGUGCAAGUAAUGGGCAUGUCCUAGGUGAUUCAAACAACUUCUUUGCAGAUUUAUAGGAGAUUGUGGAUGCAACUUUGUUCAAGUGUGAUAACCCAAUUAGAAACACUUGCAAGUGGGAUUUCCUGAUCAAUAUCUUCAAGUUCAAGGCGCCCUCUCCAAAAAUGUAUACUUAAUUAAAGGCCUUGUCCCGUGGAUAGCUUUUCGGUGUGUUAUGUCAUUUUUUUUUCCUCCACCAAUAUAUGAAAGUAAUUGUUAAGACUUUUGGACACUCUUGAAAUAAACUAUGGUGAUAAUUACAUUUAUGUUAAGUUAUGAAAUAUAAUAAUCA